AUGACGAGGGCAGAACGACUGGCCACCAAACCGACUGAUGCCGCCAUGGCAAGGUUCUAUGGGCUGCCCAAAAUACACAAAGAUGGUGCCCCACUUCGUCCCAUCGUAUCCUUGCGCGGGACACCCACAUUCAACCUGGCCAAAUGGAUGUUCCGACGCCUGAACUGCCUCACCUCGGGCUCCGACACGACGGUGCGCUCCUCCGUCCAUUUCCUGGAAAGACUGAAAGGCCUGCAAAUUAACACAGACGAGGUCAUGGUGUCGUUCGAUGUAACCUCGCUUUUCACCUCGAUCCCAAAGGACUUGGCAGUCGAAACUGUCAGCGACCUCCUCGACAGCCAAUACACGGAGGCAAACAAUACCCCUAGGAGGGGGCACCUGGUGCAACUGCUUAAAUACUGUCUCCAAACGUUCUUCACAUUUGAAGGGACUGUGUACGAACAAAUCAAAGGUACGCCGAUGGGCUCACCACUAUCCGGUUUCAUCGCUGAAGCUGUUCUUCAAAAGUUGGAGACGUUAGUGUUCGCAACAUAUAAGCCAAAAUUUUGGGCGCGGUAUGUGGACGACACUUUCGUCGUUCUCAAACGGGAAAUGGUCUCGAAUUUCCACGCGCUACUGAACUCUGUUCUUCCCGAUAUUCAAUUCACCAUGGAGACAGAGAACAACAAUCAGAUCGUGUUUCUAGACGUUCUGGUCCAUCGCAAGAUCAACGGGAGCCUGAAAACCACGGUCUACAGGAAGGCCACUAACACUCGCCAAAUCCUGUCCUAUCACAGCAAUCACCCGCUGUGUCACAAACGAAGCUGUGUUCGAUCUCUCUACAGGAGAGCUGGCACUCACUGCAGCGAACCGACCGACAAGGUAGCCGAACUCCACUAUCUACGGCGGAUGUUUACCUCCAACGGUUACUCCCGCAGCUUCAUAGAACGCAGCAGACAGUCCAGACCAACCGUAAAGUCAACGGCAAAUCAGCCGAAAGUCUGGCGAGCGCUGCCAUAUAUUGCGAACGUUUCCGAGGCAGUUGCUCGUAUCUUGCAACCAUUGGGUAUCGGCAUCGCCCACAAACCCGAAGCGACAAUUAGACGUUUGGUCAUGAGACCAAAAACGCCUCUGCCACGAGGCGAAACUGCCAACGUCGUCUACUGGAUCCCGUGUAGUUCCUGUGAGGCAAACUACGUUGGAGAAACCGGGAAGAGAUUGCAGACCCGCAUGGACGAGCACGCAAGAGCGGUAAGAAGAAUGGAUCAGCUCUCGUUGGUGGCAGACCAUUGCGCAGCUUUUGGCCACGCCUUCGUCAGACGAAAUGAAAGCAAGGGAGAAAAUUUGUUACUCUGGAUCAAUUAG